AUGUCGUACUACUACAACGACCACAACAAUUACCAAUAUGACGAAUACGACCAGGUGGGGGACGGAUAUGACGCCAGCUACGACGACUCGUACUACUAUGACGAUUAUUGGUAUGACAACAGCUACUAUGAUGCAUACUAUGACGACGGUUACGGGGACAUGAACGAUGCUGGCUACAUGGGCCACUACGACGGGCAAUCAUACCACUACGAUGAAAGCAAUGCUCACCAAUAUGACGGCGGAUAUGGAGGCGGGUAUGGGCACCAGCACGACGGCGAUGCAAUGUACAGUGGCUACGAUUCGCACUAUCCAGCUGAGAGCAGCCAGGCCUGGUAA